UGUAACCACAAACACAAAUAGAUAGCACAGUCAAAUUUAUCAAGUUAACGAGGUGACAUAAUCCCACAUAAAAGCAAGUAAGGAGAUAUAAGGUUUAUCAACUCAACAAAGGCCAUUUCAGGACCGGAAGUGACCAGUGGGCUCCUCAAGACACUUCCGCUCUUAAGGAGGACAGGAGAAAAAAAAAAGCUCGUGCCUCCAUCCUGGUAUUUGCCUUCAUCCUGGUCACUGCGAAGUCCCCGUACCCAAAACAGGAAACUGAGCAUGAACCCACGAGAUGUCCCAGCCACUGUGACCUUCGAAUCUGUCAAUUCUGUCACAUUUACUCAGGACACAGAUGGAAACAUAAUCCUGCACUACCCUCAAAAUGAUGGGGAGGACUUGGGCUCUGAUGAGGCCUCUGAACCAGCUCACAAACGCCCGCGAUUGUCCAAUGAUGACGCAGAAGACCCUCAGGAUUCUACUUCAGCAGAGUACUCUGUUGUCACCUUACCAAUUACAGAAGGUGAUGAAAGUUUUGAGGUGACAAUGACUGCUACAGAGAUGAGAGAAGGGGAGCUGGAACAGGACGAUCCUUCUCAGACGCAGAAUGAGGAUUCUUCUGGCCUACAGAAAGCAGAAGAUGUAUCAGCUGUCAGUCAAGCCUGGUUCACUACGAAAGAAGAUAAAGACACACUGGUUAAUAAGGGUCACAAAUGGAAACAGGGUAUGUGGUCAAAAGAGGAGAUUGAUAUUUUGAUGAGUAACAUAGACAACUACUUGAAGAACCGAGGGAUCCAGGACCCUGCAGAGAUCAUCUUUGAAAUGUCCAAAGAGGAGAGAAAAGAUUUUUACCGCAGUAUAGCGUGGGGUUUGAACAGACCACUAUUUGCAGUUUACAGAAGAGUACUACGAAUGUAUGACAACCGAAACCACGUUGGCAAAUACACUGAUGAGGAGAUCAAUAAACUGAAAGAGCUAAGGGAGAAACAUGGGAAUGACUGGGCUACCAUCGGGGCAGCGCUUGGACGAAGUGCUUCUUCUGUGAAAGAUCGCUGCCGACUCAUGAAGGAUACAUGCAACACCGGCAAAUGGACAGAGGAGGAGGAGAGAAAGUUGGCAGAGGUGGUCCAUGAGUUGACUGGCACAGAGGCUGGUGAUGUUGUUACUCAGGGCGUCUCUUGGGCAUCUGUAGCAGAACUCGUUGGCUCUCGCUCGGAGAAACAAUGUCGUUCUAAAUGGCUCAAUUAUCUUAACUGGAAACAGAGCGGCGGCACAGAAUGGAGCAAAGAAGAAGAUAUUAACCUUGUUCGUAGGAUAACUGAGCUGGAUGUAGAGAAUGAGAAUGACAUUAAUUGGGAUACUCUAGCUGGUGGGUGGAGCAGCGUUCGCUCGCCUCAGUGGCUCCGCAGCAAAUGGUGGACCAUCAAAAGACAAGUGGCCAAUCACAAAGAACUUCCCUUUCCUGUUUUGUUGAAAGGCCUGCAGGAUGUUGUGGAAGCUCCACCGUCUACAGUGAACAAAAUCGUGGUGGUUGGUUCACAUUCCGCAAAUGCUCCACCCAGCCCUGUUACUGCACUGCACAUCCCAGUCCAGAUUCCAGUCCAGAUCACGCAUGUCUCUUCCUCAGAUGGUGCAAGUGGCACCUCAGACAGUGAAACGAUCACACUGAACUCUGGAGCUUUACAGACAUUUGAAUUACUACCCUCAUUUCACCUGCAGCCCACUGGUACCCCUGGCACCUAUUUUCUCCAAACAGGAACCAAUCAGAGCUUCCCACUCACACUCUCAGCCAAUCCCACGGUCACACUCACAGCUGCAGCUUCACCAUCUUCCCCAGACCAGAUUAUUUUACACAGCCUCACAGCUGACACUGAAAAUGUGACAGUUCAGAUGUCUCACCCGGGCAUCAUUAUCCAGACAGUAACCUCAGAAGACCUCUCUGACCCUCUUAGCCAAUCAGAGCUGGAAGCAGAGCAGGAGCUUGUGAAGGAACAGCCUUUGGACAACCCAAACAACUCCAGGGAAGAGGAACACGGUGAACUGAGUUCAAAAAAUGCACAAGUAGAAAAGAGAACAGUGGAAGAUUCAGGAAUCGUUGAAGGAGCCGUGCUUAUGGUUCCAUCCCAGAGAAACUUUAUUCCCUCUAGUGAAGAUAUCGGCACAGAUUCUGUCUUGCCCCUUGGAACACUGACAGAUCCCAUUUUGGAAAACCAGGAGGAGGGUUCAGACUGAACGUUCACUGACCUGAAAAAUGGAAUAGUUGCCGUAUUAAGCAGGAUGCCCAAUCAGUCAGACUUCCACUUUCAGGAAAAUCCAACAAUAAUGUUACCGAUAACUUAGUAACGUGUGUUGAAUAGGUUUUGCUAUCAAAGUCGCAUUACAAUGGUGGGUUUGGAUUCAAGCAUGUGAAAGUGGUCUGGAUGCAGCUGAUAUUUAGAGGCUAAAUCCUCUUACAUGUGGUCAAAUGCAGCUUUGCAGCUUGCAAGAUCAUACAAAAGCAUUAGCAUGAAUUAUUGCAUUGUAAUUACCUGAACCUCACCUGUGUCUCAAUGCAAUUACGAACAUUAAAUGCUCUGACGAAGCAACACUUUUUAAUGGUUUGUUGAAAAUGAUGUAAUACCCUUACUGUUACAAAGUUUUUUUUUGGUGCGCAUUUCUAGAUUUGACUUGUUUUUGUAGCCCACUUUCCUGCUUAACAGUAAUACUUGAUAGAUCUAUUAGGGCUGGGCGAUAUGUAAAUAAAAAAUAUUUUAGCGAUAAUUGCAUUAAAAAAUAUUGCAAUAUCCGAUUACAUCGUCAACCCCCAUGCCGAGGGUCGGUGAAUCUUUUUGCUUUAUUGAUUUAGCUUUAACAAAUUAAUUCAUUUAUUGAAACACAAAAAACUUAAAAGACAUUUCUAAAUUCAAAUUGCACUUUAAACUAAACUGAUCAAAAAAUCGUAUUUAACCACCUUAUUUAAACAUUUACCAUCUCCAGCGGCUCCAUUUGCCAUCAAGCAUCUGUCAACAACACCGGGUGGAAAAUUACGAAUAGUCUACAGAUGAAGAACUAAAGACAGUUAUAAAUGUAAAGAUAAUAAUAAUCAUAAUAAUAAAGCCUAAUAAAUUCCCUUGUGUUCCCAGUGUAAUGCUGCUAAAUGUGUUCUUAUCGAAUUUGUGUUUGUAUUGCACUUUGGUAAUACAGUUAAUGCUGCCUAAAGAAAAGAAAAUAUAACUACAAUUUUAGGUUCAAGGUGAAUGUGUCUUGUAUUACUUUAUGAUUUAAUCACUUUCAUCUUUGUAUCUUUAAUAUAAAGAUAUAUAUUAUUCACAAUGCAUGCUAACCACGUGGAAAUAAAGCAAACUAAACUCACAGCACCUCCUGAGAUAAUCGUAGAAAAUUUGCAGCAUUCUCAUUGAUGAAAUUAUUCUUGCAAACAGUUUUCAGACGAAUGAAACGGAGAAGGGAAAAAAAAAAGAGUGAAAACUCUUUACAUACGCUUGUUCCAUGAGACAGGCUCGCACUGCAUGCCUCCGAACAAACAGCGGAUCAGACACAAGCAGUACCUAUGUUUCCAUCUAAGUUGUGAAUUUAAUUUAUGAAAACAAUGUGCGGAUAAAGCCGCGUUUCCAUCCCUUGCGUUCAAAAGAACUAAAUUGUCACUUCCGGGGACAGGGCCGUAGCUAGUGGGGUGAAAUGUGGUAAUGAUUCUUGGGGCCCAAAGGUCCAUGGGGGCCCACAACAAAUUUGAAACUGUAUUAUUUUAAUGGGUAAGGGGCCCAGAGCAAUAUAUAUUCACAGGGCCCAGAAUUCCUUGCUACGGCCCUGUCCGGGGAAAUUGUAGCAACUGUGUGACUCUUUUAUUAAUAAAAUACUCGCAGUUUAGGACACGCAGACAAAACACUCUAAUAACUCGUUUCAUGACUGGAAAAGACAGCGCGUCACACAGUUCUGGGAGCAUGUGUGUGUGUGACUUUGCUGUGUGGAUCUAUAAGAUAUUCUUUAAAAGCAUCAAUAAACCUGCUCUUCGGGAAAAAGUGCGUGUUUGUGUUUAACUUAAUUGCUCUGCAAACUCUGUGCAGGCUUUGGAUUUUUAGGACACCAGUAUUUCAGAAUGACCAGGGCAACAAUUCAGUUGCGAUGAUUGGUCCACUGGUUCGUCCAGUUAUGAAUGAAUUAUUCAGUCAUAUGAUUUUUUUUUUAUGCGCAUCUUGUAUUUCUGUUAAAUUCAAUAGGAGUUUAUUCGGUAAAUGUGUUUCCAUCAUAGUUUAUGCACAUUUCUUCUUAUCGAAAAAAAAAUGCACCCACCUCAAGCGAGUGUGUAAGUUUUCCAUGCACAUUUUGGAGAUUUUAUUCGCAUCUUGGUGUUUCCAUCCAGCAGAUUUUAUACAAUAUCCUAAAAUGCGCAUAAAAAGUGCUGAUGGAAACAUAGCUAUUGACGGCUUUUCUUUUGUCUGUUCUUAAAAAUAUAAUAAAGAGUGUUUUUCAAGCGCAUGUCUUUGUGACUAACAGCAUUUCUUGUCAUGUGUCACUCCGAGACAUCUAACAGGUCGCCCGCCUGUUGCGGGUAGAUAAGCAAAAUUACCCGUACAUGAAAUACAUUUGGAUGAGAUGCUUGUGAACUGGAUUCAGUCUCGUCACAUUUUGCGGUUGCCGGGUGCUAGAUUCACACCCUGGGCUACUGUUUAAUAUAUUUGGCAACUUCCCAGAUCCAUGGUUUUGGCAUUUCCCGAUAUUGUCGAUCAUGUCUGUCCGGAAUCAGCAUUGGGAUCUUUGUAAGACAUCGUCGGUAUUCGAUUACAUCGUCCUAUCGCCCAGCCCUAAUAUCUAUGUGAUGCACUGUUUCUCAUACUAAAGAGGUUGUACCUGAAUGUUUGAUUUAUUCCAAAUAUCCACUAGGUUAGAUGGCCAUAAUUUAUCAAAGGGUUUACAUUUUCACCUAACCUGUAAGUUAGUGCCUCUGUGUUUAUUUAUUGAAUAAACAAAGUAUUGUCUCCA